UUGAGGGAUACAAAAAGGGGGAAGACGCCUGUGCAGCUGGAGUGAAUCCCCUUCCUCACAAGCCCUGCUCGCUCCCACUCAAGAGUCAAGAUGGCCUUCCUCGAGUCUGUCAGGCCUUUCGGCGACUACCCGUCGUCCGCUUUUUCUCCCCUCGUUACCGCCACUGCCACUGCCACGGCCAUCGGUGAAGUUCCAAGGCGCAAAGCCAGACGCACCUCCUCGACCCGUCGUCAGCGGUCUCAUUCGCCUUCGCCACCUCACCGCAGCGCCCCUUCUAGCCCGGAGCAGCGCCACCAUCGCGAUGCGGAUGACGAGAGUCGUCGGCCCCCUACGCCUCCAUCGCAGCACCAGCGUCGCCGUCUCCCCCCUUCUUUGCUCACCGAGCCAGUCUGGGAUCAGCCCACCUUCCUCGAUCGCCCACCCUUGCGUCCAUUUCCCCCCACCACGGCGCAACACGGCACGGCACGUCGUGCACCAGGCCGCUCCUCCAUCCACCUGCGCGGCAGUACAUUCAGUGUCGCCCUUCCCACCCCUACGAAGCAGAUGCGCCUCUUCCAAACUCUACUCAGUCAGGCGGUGCGUCAUUCUGCUUUGGCGAGGAGAAAAUUGGACGCUGCGGCCGAGAGGGAUAGGGAGGUGAGGGAGCGCUGGUUGGGGAGAAGGUGCCAUUGUGGUCGAUGCACUAUUGACGAUGAGGGGCGUGAGGCAGAGGAGGGGGACCGGGAGGGAAGAGGAGAAGAGGAGCUAUCACAGGAAGAGGUGACCGAAUUGGAGGAAGCGGCGGACCGGCUUGGCCACCUGACCAGCCUGGUGCGACGCUCCUGCGAUCUGGAUCGAUCUUUCAAACCUCCCGAUUCCCCUUCUGCGGGGGCACGCGUGGUCUCGCCCUUGUUCUACUGCACCAUGCUUUCCUGGCUUCGUGCCUGCCUGCGGGCCGAGAGGGAUUGGAGGGGCGUGCUAGAGGGGCAGGAGGAGCAACGACGUUGUUGGAGGCAAGGGGGGGGAGAAGAGCCUAGGGAGGCAAUCUUGAUUGUGAAGAGGAGAGAGGAUUUGAGGGCACUGAAGGAUGUGGCGCUGUUCACCACCGACGUCCUACGCCUCCUACAGGCAGAGCAGGACGUUCUUUGCCCUCCUCCGUCUUACCCGGAGACACAGACGGCUUACGCACCGUCUACCCCGUCGAGUGCAGACCGACCACCCAGCUACGACACCGUCACCGCAUCUUCGAUCCCGGACCGCCAGUCAAGCCUGCGUCCCUGCCGUCUACGCCUCAGGCACGACGCUCAGCGCAAUCGACCGAGCGCUGUGCUAGACGAGUGGCUCGAUGAGCCCAUUCGUGCCGCGUCAAUAUCAUUCACCGCACAUCCGGGCGCGCGUCGCCUUCCAGCUACAUAGGCUUUCGAGCCUCUCCCGUCUCACAUCCUCGAGAUUUGACCCUCACGCCCUCUGUCACUUGCACUGCGCCUUCUUGUCACGGAUCCCGUCUGUCUCUCCCGAAAU